AUACUGAAUGAGGACGGCUCACCAGGAAAGAACAAACCCACGGCCGCCCUACCGGCAGAGAUGGGGAACUUUAGCGGUAACAACAGCCAUUUCCUGUGGUGCUGUGAGGGUUCCACUACCACAAGUAGCAGCGCCAGUAGCAGUCCCCUUGGCGAGAAGUCCGGCACAGAGGACUCACCCUACUCCGGAGGCCACCGACGACAUCAGUUUCAACGAGUGAAAGCCAAUGCACGAGAAAGACAACGUGUGCAUACGAUUGGGGCGGCGUUUGAGACACUGCGUCGGUCUGUGCCCACUGCAGGCUCGUCGACGCGCCUGUCUAAAUUGGCAGUCCUGCGUAUUGCAGCUUCCUACAUCGAGACACUGGCAGCCUGUCUGGAAGCGAACCCGAAGGAGUCGGCGACAGAAGAGGAGGUGAGGGAUCUGCCCGAGGACCUCUCGCUGAAGGGCUCAUCGCUCCCGUCCCCGGCACCAGACCCUCUUAUCCGCUUUGACACCUGUAUCAGGAAACUGAAUAGGAUGGUCAGAGCAGAGGCUAGGAGCAGACGGUAA